UGCGGGGUGUGGUGGUGGUGGGGGGGUUGGAGGGAGCGUUGUCCGUGGCCGCGGGAACACGCACCCUCCGCCUGCCGAGGCUGAAGCGCCGCUUGUGCUUGAAGGAUGCUGCGGGAGUAGAGCGGCUCCGAGCGGAAGAUGGGAAAGGACCAGGAACUGCUGCAGGCGGUGAAGACCGAGGACCUUCUCACCGUGCAGAAGCUGCUCCAGAGGCCUCGACCGGGGAAAGCAAAACUCCUCGGCUCCACGAAGAAGGUGAACGUGAACUUUCAGGAUAUUGAUGGGUUUUCUCCCCUGCAUCAUGCAGCUCUUAAUGGGAACCUGGAGCUGGUCUCUCUGCUGUUGGAGUCGCAGGCUGCUGUCGACAUCAGAGACCAGAAAGGAAUGCGGCCGCUGCAUUACGCCGCCUGGCUGGGGAAGGCCGAGCCAAUGAAGAUGCUGCUGAAGUCGGGUUCGUCUGUCAAUGGCCAAUCAGACGAGGGCCAGAUCCCUCUGCACCUAUCAGCACAGCAUGGCCACUAUGAGGUGUCUGAGAUGCUGCUGCAGCACCAGUCCAACCCGUGCAUCGUGGAUAACGCAGGGAAAACGCCUCUGGAUUUGGCGUGUGAAUUCGGCAGGGUCGGGGUGGUCCAGUUGUUGCUGUCUAGUAACAUGUGUGCCGCUCUGUUGGAACCCAAAAAGGGAGACACUGCAGACCCCAACGGGACAUCUCCACUCCACCUGGCUGCUAAAAACGGACAUAUAGACAUCAUCAGGUUGCUGAUCCAGGCAGGCAUUGACAUCAACAGGCAGACCAAAGCCGGCACUGCCCUUCACGAAGCUGCCCUGUGUGGCAAGACGGAUGUGGUGAGACUCCUGCUGGAGAGUGGGAUCAACGCAGCUGUCAGAAACACCUACAGCCAGACUGCGCUUGACAUCGUUUACCAGUUCACAGCAACGCAAGCCAGCAGGGAGAUAAAACAGCUGCUGAGGGAUGCGUCAGCGGCGCUGCAGGUCCGGGCUCUGAAGGAUUACUGCAACAACUACGACCUGACCAGCCUCAACAUCAAAGCUGGAGACGUCAUCACGGUAUUGGAGCAACAUCCUGAUGGACGCUGGAAAGGCUGUAUCCAUGACAACCGGACGGGAAAUGAUCGCGUGGGAUACUUCCCAUCCACUCUGGUCGAGGUCAUCAGCAAGCGCACAGGUUUGGCCAGCACAGUCAUUUGUACUCAACAAUUUCAAAAGAUACCGCUGGUUCCCCCGGCGACGGUUGCCCCUGCCAACGCGGUAGUCAACGGCAACGACACCACGUUCCAUCAGAUCCAUAUCCUGCCUCCACCGCCUCCUCCUCCACCACAUUCCCAUCAGCCACUGCUUCCACUUUUCACUUCCUUUGGGUAUAACAGGUCGCCCGUGACAACCCCACAGGGAGACACACCCACUGCCCCAGGUUGUCGAGGCUCAGAGGCGAGUCCUCAGAGUUCUCCCACUCCAUCCAGCGGGCCCCAUGGAGGCUCCAACGAAGAGAUCUGGGUUCUGCGCAAGCCCGUGGCAGGUGGCGAUCGCAGCAGCGUGGGGAGUUCUGGGAGUGUGACCAGUGUGAGGUCUUCAGGUAGCGGUCAGAGCGCCACCAGCGCGGCGCACAUCCUCCACGCACAGGCUGAGGGCGUGAAGCUUUUAGCCACUGUCUUAUCUCAGUCUACAAAAGCCAAGGAGCAUCUGAUGGAGCAGUCCAAGUCGGUGGACCAACCUGCAGGCUCUGCCAGCUCCUCUCGGACGUCCAGCCAAUCGGGCUGUCCGCUUCACGAAGCGCCGCCUUACGAUGCCACGGCAACCAGGAAGGGGGAGGUUCCAUGCGAAGGGAAGAGCUCAGAGGCCGUUGUCCAAUGGCUGAGCGACUUUCAGCUGCAGGUCUACGCUCCAAACUUCCUGGGCGCGGGCUAUGACCUGCCCACCAUUAGCCGAGUGACCCCUGAGGAUCUGACUGCUAUCGGAAUAACCAAACCUGGUCACAGAAAGAAGAUCACAUCAGAGAUCAACAAACUGAGCGUCACAGAGUGGCUGCCAGAGCAGAAACCUAGCAACCUGGGGGAAUGGUUGUCGGCCAUAGGUCUGAGCCAGUACCACCAGGUGUUGGUGCAGAACGGCUAUGAAAACAUCGACUUCAUCACAGACAUCACCUGGGAAGAUCUGCAGGAAAUAGGCAUCACCAAGCUGGGUCACCAGAAGAAGCUGAUGCUGGCCGUGAAGCGGUUGGCUGAGAUGCAGCGCAGCUCAGAUGGGCGGGGCUCCCUUCGAAAGAAGCCGCCGCCAAUCACACAGCAGCAGGAAGUCAUCUCUGUGGACAGCCCGCCCCCAGAUGAGGUCAUCAUGUCUCCAAAGAUGAGUACCUUCCAGGACAGUGAGUUGAGCUCAGAGCUUCAGAAUGCCAUCAUUCACCCAGGUCAAGAGGUCAGAGUUCAGCGAACUCGCACCUUAAGUAAGGACCACGACGACAUGAUCACUGGAGGUGGUGGGCCGCCAAAGAAGGAGGCACGGACGGUGAGGCAGCAAAGCAGCCAGGGAAGCUCCUCGUCCCACAGAAGCAGCGUUUCUUCACAAGGAAAACACCGUCACUCUCACAACCAGCCAGCACCUCCCUACACGCCGCCACAUACACCCACCAAGACCAGGACUUCGUCCUCCUCUUCCACCUCCUCCGUUCAGAGCAGCGCUUCCCCACAGAGCAAAACCAAACCAUCACCCCAGGCAAUACAAGGGGAGCAGUCUCCCCUGCACUCACACCAACCUCAGUCUCCAACCCACCGUGGAGCCCCGUGUCAAAUCCCCCAGCAGCAGCCGCAGCCUCAAGUUCAGCAGCAUCAGCCCCAUCCUCAACACCACCCGCAGACACAGGUGAUGGAGGUCAGAGAAAGCCCACAGCAGCAAGUUCCACACCUCUGUCUACCACCCGAAGCUGAACUGGAAGAGGCUGAGGGAGCGGAACCUGUGGCCCUCAAGAAGAAACGUGCCCACAGCCUCAACCGAUACGCCGUGUCAGACGGGGAGUGUGAUGAGAAAGUAGGAGGUGGAGAUGGAGAAGGAGGUGGAGGAGAAAAGGAAACAGAAGUUGUAGUAGUUCAGACCUCUGCAACUGCAAGAGCGGACGGAGUGAAAUACGCUACGGUGACCCACCGCGUGAGCCGCAGCCAUUCAGUCCGCAACCAGGAAAAGACUGCCGGCCGCAGCCACACACAAUCCUUUGCUUUGCGUCAGAAGAAGAAGGGUCCUCCACCACCCCCACCCAAACGCUCGAGCUCUGCUAUCUCCAGCUCCAACUCCAACUUGAUGGAGGCAAAUACACAGCAGCAGACACACACCACCACUGGAGGGAUGCUGGAUGUGCCUUACCACCAACAGCGGAGGGCCAGCGACCUGGGGGUGUCUGUGGAGACAGCUGCAGUGGAGACCAACAGCAUGGGCAGUGUGAGGAGCAUUGCUGCCAUGUUGGAGAUGUCUUCCAUAGGGGGUGGGGCCAAAGGCAUGGCACUGCAAAAGAAUUACCUGCAGGUGGGAAAAAGCCGGGAGGCCAUUGGCCUGGACGGCGAAGUGGUGAACAGGCGGCGAACCAUAAGUGGACCCGUGAGCGAGCUGGUGGAGGCGGCCAGGCGGGAACAACCGACUCCACUGGAUUUCGCCCCGACCUCCGCCCAACCUCAACCUCAGUCCCCCCCUCCCCUUGUGAACUCCUCUUCACCUCACCCUCCAUUUUCCCCGGUUCCCUGCUCAGGAGGGAGUGGUAGCUCCUCGGAGAACCUUCCAUUCGCAGAAGAGGGAAGCCUCACCAUCCGCCGCCAAGCUCGAGGAGAAGGAGAAGGACAGUGUGUAUUUUGUGUUUGUCUGCAGGGUGACGGCGACGCCCCCCCGGGAGACGGGGGCUUCACCCUGGAGGACACCCCUGAAGCCACAGGAACCUUAAAGCGACGGCCUCGUAUUUCCAAGUCCCACCCCAACGGUUCGGAUUUCACCCUUCAGGAGUCGUCCACCGUAAAACGCCGGCCCAAGAGCCGUGACAAGGAACCCGAAGGCUUCGCAGAAAUGGCCGCUGCCAAUGGGGAGGUGGUUGGCACCGGGCAUCCCAACACCACACAGCCGAUGCCGUACCAGAAUGGCACAGCCACCGUAAAACGCCGCCCACCAUCUGAAACUGGAGUAACUGAACAGCCGCAACCUCAGCAACAAGUGACCCCGACCCCCUGCAGGGACAGCACCGACCAGGGAGCUCCUGCAGUGAAUGAAGGAGGCCCUAUGAGGAAACCAAAACCUCCGGUCUCCCCGAAACCCGUCGUGGCACAGAUAAAGAGACAAGGAGGCCCACAGACCUCACCACAGGCCACCCUCAAUAAGAGAGUCCCCCUGCCAGGGCCAGGGACCCCUGGAAGUCCAGUGGAAGGAAAGAAGAUCCCUCCACCGGUCUCACCGAAACCAGCACCCCCACCUACGGCGCCAAAACCGGCCAAGCUGAUCCACUCUAUGACAAGUCCCGCCUCCCCGACUUCAGUUUCCACCCAGGUCAAGCAGCACUCUGUGGUGGCACGGCAGACCAGUUCACCUACUUCCUUCCUGCCAUGUAACACCUCCAACCCUCCAGUCGCCAAGCCGACAAGCCCUUCUUCUCAAAGCCCCCACACACCGCAGACCCCCACCACCCCUCAGACGCCUCAGACGCCUGCGACUCCCAGCCCAACGCCGCCGCCCGUAAAGCCCCCCCGCUCCUCCAUUGGGGGCGUGUCAGUGGACAGUGGGAUUGCAGGAGGAGCCGUCACACCACAGGCCUCCACAACAACAGACUUUGGUGUAGACUCUUUGGUGCAUCAAAAGCUGGAAGAGACGAGCGCAUCCCUGGCUGCUGCUCUGCAGGCUGUAGAGGACAAGAUUCUACGGCAGGACGACUCUGUGGCUGAGCAGAAGACAACGGUGAGCAUCCUCGAUGACAUCGGCAGCAUGUUCGAUGACUUGGCCGACCAGCUGGACGCCAUGUUGGAGUAAACGAUAGAAUCCCAGUCGGCGAAUCUCCACGGCAACACUGCAUUGGGACUGAAUCAGACAGCACAAAGAGGCAACCCUCCUGUCUGUCUCUCUCUCUCUCUCUCCUUCUCUUCAUCCGCCUCUCUCCUCUUCGCUCCGAAACUGCUGUCCAUCCUUCUGCCCAGAGGAAGCUUGAUUGUUUUCUUCUUCUCCUUUCCUUUGCACGAUGCAAAAAAAAAAAAAAAAAAGAAAACAAAACAAAAAAAACAAAGAAGGUGAUGGAACAGCAGCAGCAGCAGCAGCAGAGGCCUGGACAGAGAUCACAGCACUGAAAAACUGACAAGAAGAGGGGCAGAAAAAGAGAGAUUAAGAAGCUAAACUAUCGAGAGACAAAAAAAGAAAAAAACACCUAAGAAGGAUUAAUAAAGAAAUGAAUCACAGUGAAGAAGACUGCAAUCACAACGUGAGUCUUUAAAGAACUCCACAUGAACAAAUACUAAUACAGAUUUAAAAACCAACUGUGUAAUGAAUCAUAGUACGAUAUGUGUACAUUCUAAAGCAUGGAGAGUUUAUAUCUACUGACAAAGUCCUGCAUUAGCACAGUAAUAUAUGAUAUACGCCGAUAAAUAUCAAUCUCUAGCUCUUUGAUUUGAUGUCCUGGUUCUGUGUGGAAUGGUGACCUCUGGUGUUGUGAUGAUGUAAAUGACUUGGUGGAAAAAUUAUUCUAUGUGACCAAAUUUGAGACACUUGACCUCUCGAUGGGUGUGCGUGUGUGCGCCGUUCGUACGGGUGGAUGUGCAUCAUGGGAAUUUUCAGGAUCGCCAUUCGGCUCCCCGCAGUUGGAUCUGAGUCGCAUCGCCCCGCGUAUGCACACACACACGCAGACAGGCCCACUCGCACACAGCAGAAGCACAACGACCCACGCAGCCGGCUUGCACACACACACACACACACACACACACACACACACACACACACACACACACACACACACACACACACGCAUACGUGCAAACACACAAACUGGAACCUUUAUAAUAUGAAUGAAAAUGGUGUGAAAGUGGGACAGCACGUCAUUUUGGGGAUUUGGCAGGUAGUCAAAACUUCAAAACAUUUUAGAAAGGCUGAGGUAGAUGAGUGUGACAUUUCCCCCGGUGUGUACAGUUGGAUGGGUCCAAGUUGCCCCCAAAGCACCUUAUGAAGGUCAGCACAAGCACCACGGUCAGAGCUGCGCGUCAACAAAGAGGGCUUCAAAAACACCGCUGACGGAAGUGCAGCAGCAAACUUCAGGUUCCACUGUCCAUCCUGCUACCACAACCUCAACUCCAUAAUAAUAAUAAUAAGUAUAAUACAUCAAACUCACAUAGUGCUAGUAGGACACUCACAGACACUUUUAAAUCCAAAACAUCAAAACCAAUUUUUUCAUUUCAGCCAUUGGAAUUAUUGUAAUCCUAGUCAAAAUAAAUUGAAUGUUUUUUUUUCUUCUUACUGAUUUAGUGAAUAAGUUUCAGAUUUUCACACUUUUCACAUUCUGAUUCAAAUUUGAAGUGCAAUGCUAAUCAAGGUGGGCAAAUUAUGAUACCACCACUACCGUGCCUCAGGCAAGGAAAGCUUCUUACUGAUAGUAGUGCGUAGCAUAAAGGUCCACCCAAGAGAAUUCAGUCACCCGAAACAAAUAAGCUUUUUCCAGCUGACCUGAUUUCUCAUUGGUUUUAUUUGUACUUAAUUCAACAAAAUCCCAACUUUUCUGAGCGGCCUAAGAUGGACUCCCCUGCUUCUCACUUUAGAAGCACUAUUCAUGCCCUGACUUGCAAACUUACCUCUAACCUUUUGAACGUUGUCACAUUUGAUCACGUUACAAACACAAAUUUUUGAGGUAUAAAUUGCCAUUUAUGCAAUUGACCAACAGGAAGUCGUCUACAGCUGUGAGGUGGACUAAACAAUGAGAUGAUGGUGGCAGCAUCUCAAUCUGGAGAGGCUUUAACCAACACACCACAGCUAUCAUUUAGAUCAAAGCAUAUUUGUGUGUUAGAAUGACUAAAUAUAAGUGAAAAAAAAUCUGUAAUAAAAGUUUGAGUAGCAUUAACGCUUUUGCAAGAUCACAGUUCUUUCCAGCUCUUCUGAAACUAACAAUCCAACCAACCAGGCCUCAAAACUCACAUCCAAUGUUAAAACUAAAAAAUAAAAUAAAAGUGAAAUUACACUUUAAUCACUGACAUUCCAGCACUUAACUCUUGCAUUUUCCAUCCCACACGCCUACAAGCCCCUCAUCUCGUUUCGCCAUGACAAUCUACUGUACCACAUCCCCAUUUUUUACUGGCUACAACACGUAGCCUUGAUUUUUGCGUAAACGAGACGGAAGUCAAAAGGCAGCGAUCAAGAACUGCUAAGCGUGACGGUUUGAUUUCUGUUAUGUUUGACCAAAAAAAUAAAAAAGUGCAAUACUCCAGUAUUCCAUGUGCUCUCCCCAUAAAGGAAAUCGGUCUUACAGCAGCUGUACUCUUUGUCUAUGAAUAAAUAAUAAUUCAGAGAAUAGUUGUGGUAUUUAAAUUCUGAUGACAUAGAGAAUAUAUAUAUGGAUAUUUGCAAAAGAAAAAAAAAAAAGAAGUGUAUUUAUGAUGUGUGUGUCAUCCUGAAGAGUAUUUUUCAAAGUGAUCAGAUCUAAUCUGAGUAUUCAGAAUCAGUUUGCUUCUCCAUGCUUCGGUGGUCUCAGCUAAAUGAAUCAUUGUAGGAUACCAUGUUGGGUAAUUUCAAGGAAGUGUUCUUUUCUAUUAUUAUUAUUAUUAUUAUAUUAUUUUAUUGUUGUUUUUUUUCUGCAUACAUGUGUCAGGAUGUGGCGAUGUUUAUAUUACAAGCAAUUCUUGUUGUUUCUUUUUGAUAUGGUUUAUGAUUUUUUUUUUUGUCUUUCAAACAUGUGCCUUGCUUUGUGGUUUUUGGUCUAACUUCAAUACAGUAGGUGGCUAUGUAAAGUAUCAGGGAAUCACUCUCUUUUUCCCUCUCCACUGUCACAGGUGCAUUUGUUAGAGCCAUGAAACCGAUCGCUUCCUCAUCUGGACAACCGGAAACCAUCGCGUUGCACUUGGCUCAAGUUGGCUGCAUGCAUCAAACCCACAUUAGCAAACGCAAUUUGUCUCUGCACUUAAAUUCGCUUUGGGAAAAAUGCACACUUUCCUGCUAAGAGUAAAACAACUUGAUCGAUAGCGUCUAGCUUCCUAAUGUAUUCCUAUGUCACACGUUUAUGUUCAUGCUUUGUGUGUCAGUUGCGCAGGAAGACGUACUUUGGCUUUUGGUAAAUAAUUCUUCAGCAUCACUAGCCGUGUUUCUGUCACAAAUGUACGCAAAACUUUGUUGAAAUUAAUCUAAAUGAAAAAAAAAAAAAAAUUGAUCCUGUUUCAUCUCAAAGUCCAUGUGAGGAGAUAAAGGAAAGUUUUAGUUUGAAAAAAAAAAAUACACAGGUGCAGCUGUGGGCUAAUGUGGGUCAAUGACCUUUAACUCUCUGUGGCGUUGGGUUUGCUGCUUAGCAAUCAGGUCUCUCAUCUCUUAGCAUGAAGGUAACAAUUCCCAAUAUGUGAAAUUCUGAAUUACCAGAGAGAAAUUGAGCUUAUAAAUGCUGAUCUGUGGCAUUUUUAAACUCCCUCAGGCGUCGUUUAUGAUAAUCUGGUUUGUGCAUGUAAUAAAUCCAUUGGUUAAUUGCUAACUUUCAGCCACUCCUUCGAAAUGUCCCCUUUCUCUUAGUUUUGAACCCAGGCACCAUCGCAUCAGACAAGUUUUGCUUCCCCCACCCUCCAUCUUCCUUGAUUGGGUCGUCUCUCAUCUUAUAAGCGUUGUGUUAGAGUGAUUGUGUGGUCAUGGGUUGAGGUCAAAAACAGAAUUCUGGUCCAUCUCUUGUUUCUUAACAAAAGAUGAAGCUUUUUAUUGGAUCUUCUUCGCUCUGCAGUGACUGUGUGUGAAUGCUUGAGAAAGGGCCAAAGUGUGUCAAGUGUUGCUCUGCUAUUGAUUGUGUGAAAUCUGUGUGUGUGUGUGUGUGUGUAUGCGUGAGUGUGAGAGUGUUUUACUGAUUGGACAGAUGUGUGCUUGCAGCAACUGCAUCUUAUGGCCAUCUGCUCUCAAUAAAUUAAUGUUCUAUAUAAACAUAA